ACUUCGUGUCCACUUUCCGCCUUGUCCUGCACACUCCCUCGUCUGUCGCUUCGUCCGGACUUGUCCUUUUGUCGUUGCACUUGGUAUGGCGGCGCGGUAAUUGCCUCCAUCGCCCCUAAUCACCCGAGAACCACUUUCCCACUCCACCCCACACUCGAUUUCCCCAUCUUCCCCUCCCUUGGACUGGGCUGGUUCAAUACCAUACCACGUUAACAUGGCUUCUGCAUCCUCUGCGAACGGCAGCGCUUCUGCUCCGGAUGGAUUGUCCGCCGCAGAGAGAUUGAUGAAACAACAUGCGGCCGGGGAAGCAGACUCGCACAAUGUCAGUCUGGAAGAGGUGCCUGAUGAGGAAUUCACCAUGCAUCCCCCUCCCUCGACUCUCGCCGCCGCUCCUGUCAACCCCGAGUCCGCCGAACUCCCUGCCGAGCCCACCUUCUCCUCGAAAGCGGCUGGAAAGCAGCCUGUGCGCGAACAACCCCAAGCUGCGCCUCCGAAACCCGCCCUCGACACUUCCGAGGAUGCCUUCCCUGCCCUCGGCCCGCCCAAGCCGCAGGUCCGCGGCGCCGCACCCUCCCCAUGGUCCAAAAAGCCGGCGUCUGUUGGCAAGGCCACCAACGGUGCUACGCAUGGCUUGACGAACGGCAGCGCAGCCUCGUCCACCUUCAAUUCGCAAACCUCUUCGCCGCCUUCCGGCAUCCCAACUCCGAGUACCACCACCGCCUCCACUCGUGGUCCAGCUCCGCAGAUGUCUAUUCCCGGUCGCUACAGCGAACAGAUUCAACUGCAUCCGUCGAUGAUGACGCCGAGGAACCAGUUGAAGAAGCCGGUCACCGACAUCCUCCGCGACAUCAACAAGCGCUCGAAAGCGAAUGUGGAGAUGAAGGCCGGCCCGGGAGGCGUGGUAGUCUUUGAAGGCACUGGGCCCGUCGACGCCGUUCGCGUGGCCUUGAAAGAGGUGGCGACACAACUUUGCUCGAAACAAAACUUGUCAGUGCCCGUCCCGGCGUCAGUGCGAGGCAAAAUCGUGGGCAAGCAAGGCGCCACAAUCCAAGCCAUCUCCAAAAAGACGGGAGCACGCAUUAACGUGUCAAAGCAAGAAGCGGCAGAGAUUUUGGAAGACGACGACAUGGACAGUAUCAUCGAUGUCACCAUCGAAGGUGAUCCUUUCGCCGUCCAAAUGGCGAAGCAAGAUAUCGAGAAGAUCGUGGCAGAACACACAUCGUCCGUGAACGCCCGCCUGAAGCACAUCCCCGCCGAGUACUACCCCUUCCUGGCCGGUCCGAACAAUGCGCAAGUGAAAGCCCUUCAACAAAGUCGAGACCUCAAGAUGAAUAUUCCUCACUACCAACACUGGAGAAACGAAGCGCCGCCUCAAACACCCGCCAGCCGUGCACCAGUGCAAUUCUCGCCACAAGCAAACCUGCCUAUCCAUCUCUCGGGUGACCGCAAAGCCGUCGCCGAGGCAAAAGCGGAGAUUGAUCGUCAGGUUGCGGAAUUGGAACGCCAGCUCACCCUCGAGCAAAUGGCAAUUGAGCGUGGACGUCACCAAUUCAUCGUCGGCGACCUGGGCACGUCUCUGAAUGAUUUCAUGGCGGAGACUGGUUGUUCUGUGAUCCUCCCUCCCGAGGGUGACGACUCGGAAACCCUUACCGUUGUGGGCCCACCGGAUCGCAUCGAAGAGGGCAUGAACAAGAUCAUGGACCUCGCAUCAAGCAUGUCAAUGGCCAGCGCAGACAUUGGGCGACUACAUGCGAACGCGCCACGAGGAGCGCAAGCCCAUGCGAGUGACAUCACCAGAUACCUGCAGCAGCGUCAGGCAAUUGAGCAACUGGAGCGCAUGCACAAUGCUAGAAUUGUUCCCGACAGCGCUGGCGCAUGGCAAAUUUACGCUCGCGACGGCAAGAACGCGAUGAAGGCACGCUCCGAUGUAAUGAAUCUCAUCAGCGGCCAUCCUCCCACUCGAUUCCAACCCGUCGAAGUCGAUCCAUUCUAUCAUCAGCACCUCCGGGAGCGAGCCGCCAGCAGCAUCCGUGAACAACACGGAGUUCACGUCAUUGUGCCCGAUGAAGGGGACGAUGCACCAGUGCUCCUCGUAUUUGAAGACACCACUCCUGCAGCGGACUAUGACUUCCCUCGUCGUCAGCCUUCGGCGCAGGAGGUUCAAGCUUUCGAGCAAGCGCUGCAGCAGGCUCAGCAAGAGAUUCUCAACUUGAUGAUCGGUCGCGAGGAUAUUGUCUCUCGUGACGUUGAGGCUCCCGUCAAAUAUCACGACAAGAUCCGAAGACACGUCGAUCGCCACCAUGAUGCCCUUGCCGAAGGUUCCAUCCCGUUACAAGUCUUGUACGGUGGCCCUCGGGAAGCACAACAGAGAAGGACUCCGGCCCCCAGCGUCAACCUUCGCGGUCCUCAGAGCGAUGUCGACCUCCUCAUGCAAAGCUUGCUGGCUUUUAUCGAACAGGAGAAGGUGGAUGAGCUGGAACGAGGCUUCGUGCUCAGUUUCGAUUAUCCUCAAAAAUACGCGAACCACUUGAUUGGCAAGAAGGGCGAGAACAUCAACCGCCUACGCGAAGAAUUCGAUGUCGAAAUUCAAGUCAACGACGGCAAGUGUGAAAUCAAGGGCCCAGAAGCCAAAGCGAAUGCCUGCAAGAAGCAUAUCGUCGACAUGCUCAAGAAGCUCGAGGACGAGACUACCCACCACCUCAACAUUCCGGCGCAGUACCAUCGAGACCUGAUUGGGCCUCAGGGCACGCAAGUCAAUCGUCUGCAGGAGCGCUACAAUGUUCGUGUGAACUUCCCCAGGACCCGGCAGAAUGCAGAUGACGCCGCUUCGGAGGCUGGCGAGUCUGUCGCGGGCCGCCGCAAUGACCAACAGCCCAACGAGGUCGUCAUCAAGGGACCGAGCAAAGGUGCCGACGGAUGUCGCGAGGAGCUGUUGAGCUUGUUCCAGUAUGUGAAGGAUAACUCCUUCACCGCUACCGUGUCUGUUGCGCAAAGUCAGCUGCCUUCGUUGAUUGGCUCUGGUGGCAAAGAGAUGGAGUCCAUGCGUCUGGAGACUGGAGCGCAGAUUGAUGUGCCCGGUGCGAGAGAUGCGGGGGCUGCUGAUUCUCGCGCGGAGAUUCGCAUCAAGGGGUCCAAGAAGGCGGUGGAGGAAGCGAAGAAACUCAUCGAGGAGAAGGCAAAGGUGUUUGACAAUACUGUCACUCGCCAACUUGAGGUUGAUCGCCGGCACCAUCGAUUGAUUAUUGGUCCUGGAGGCACGACCCUGCGAAACAUCAUCAAUCAAGCUGGAGGACCUGAAGACGUACGGCUGCACAACCGCAUGGUCAGAUUCCCUCGAGCAGACGCGGAAGGCAACACGGUGCGGAUAGAAGGGCAACGAACCGUCGUCGACCAGAUCUGCACCGCCAUCGAGGCGCUGGUCGCUCAGCACGAGUCGCAAACCAACGAUGUUGUUGAGGUGAAGCCUGAAAAGCAUCGCCUCCUGAUUGGCCGCGGAGGCGAAAUCCGCAGGCAACUCGAGCAGCAGUUCAAUGUCUCCAUCAACGUCCCGCGCCAGAAUGAGAGCGGACCACAGCGCUCACAAGUGCGCAUCGCCGGGCAGCCAGGCGAUGUGGAGAAGGCCAAAGCACACGUGCUCGAAUUGACGAAGGAGGUCGAAGGCGAGACUGUGCAGGUACCGCGUCGCUUCCAUCAAAGCAUUGCAGACAACGGGCAAUUCUUCCGCCGACUACGAAACGACCACAAAGUCACCGUGGACCACGCGGGACAGAAGCCGCCAGGGAAAGCUUCAGCCCCUACGCCGAGUCGAGCUACUGGUGCAGGCACCGCAAUGCCGCUAAUCACCGACGACCAAACCGCAAAUCUCGAUCAGCAUUCAUGGGAAACGCACGACCUCCACGCCUCUACGGAAGAAGGCGACAUCCCCUGGGUGCUCGCCGGUCCCAACCCGGAAUCCAUCUCCGCCGCUCGUGCACGUCUCGAGAAAGCGCUGGAAGAGGCUCGUGCCCACGAUACCGUGGGCUUCCUGAUCUUGCCUGAUCCCCGUACCUACCGUCACGUCAUCGGACAGGGCGGCAGCGAGAUCAAUCGCAUUCGCAAGCAGACGGGCACGAAGAUCCAGGUGCCGCGGGAUCAGAGCAAGGGGGAGGCGAUUGAGAUUGUUGGGGAGAAGAGUGGGGUUGAGGCUGCGAGGGAGUUGAUUUUGGAGGUUGUGGGGAAGAAUGCGUAGGUGGCCUUUAUGACUACAGGAGGUGGGAAGGGUCGAGUUGUUCACAGAUUGGGUUUGUCGUUGUCGUGGAGAGGCAGGCUGUGGUGGUGUGGAUUGGGAGAUUUCCCUCUUAUUUCGAGGAAAGUGUGGUAUUUUCGUAGCAGAUCAAAAGCAUUUUCAACAGCCUCGGACCACCCUCCGCCUGGUCAGCGUCGAUGUUCAGCCUCAGCUACCGCGCAUGCAUUCCGUCGUUGUAAGUGGACCGUGCAGCGAAGGGGGGCCAGGGUCUGCGUGCACGGGCCGUUGCGUUCCCAACCCC